AUGUCAAUUACCAAUGCAAUCACCUCUGUUCAUGUAGACAAACUAAAUCACAACUUAGAAGAAAUUCGAUUAAGAGCUUUAGAUAACAUUAUUGCAAAGCUUAAUCAUGGUUUUGGAUGUGAUUGCGAUAGUGUAAAGAGAGAGUUGGUGUCAAAGCUUUUUAAUUGGUUUACAUUUGACACCAUACCUCAUCCAGAUAAAGUUUUAAAUUUAAUUCACCAAUUAAUUACUACUAAUGUUAUUAAUCCGAGCAUAUUUGGUAAGCUGCGAUUUCAAAAUGAACUUGGGCAAUUACGUAAAAGACUUGACUCAGCAUGGCACGAUAAACUAUAUGAAAUCGAAGAAGCCGUUCUUCAACAUGCGUCACCUGCAUUGGAAACAAUGGGCAACAAUGAUUUACGAUCAUCAGCCGGCGAUAUCACAAACAGGAAGACUGUUACGGAGAAUAAUAUACAAAAAACAGAUUGCAACAUAAAGAAUAAUGAGUUUGUGAAUCAUGAAUAUGAUAAAAUUCAAGAUAAUUUUAUUAAUCAUUCAACUGAAUCUCUUAAUGACACAAUUCAGCUUGAUUUAACAAUACCUUCUGACACUGGUACUCCAUUAUCAAGGAAAACUGAACGAGCUAUUCGGUGGUUGGUUAUGCCCUGGCAACCUUUAGUAUCUUCAGAUCGAGGAGUAUUAUCAGCAAUCGAAGAAGCAUUAAAUAACAGUGCAGACAUUGGUCUUAUAGUUCGCACUUGUGAAUUUAUUACUAAUGUAAUGCUUCAAGAUUUUCCAGCGGAAGUAUUCCUUCAACGACCAUCCAUAGUAACGAUUCUUCAAAAUCUUCUUGAGACAUGUAUUCAAGACCCGAAAGUAGAUGCCUGUCAUCUAAUACCAGUGAUUCUUCGAACAUUUAAUAAACUUACUCGUUCAUUGAGAUUCCGAAUUUAUUAUUACUGCGAUCCUAGUAUUGCUAAUCGCAGACAGAAAAAUCUCAGUGGACAACUUGACUCUUCGUGCCAGUCAUUGGAGGAUAGAGAAAGCUCAGAAAGUGGCUUGCCAGAAGCUAAUUACCAAGCUUAUCAGUCUGCAGUGAUGAGCGAUCGGAGUCAGAGUGUAGCUGAUAAUGUUGAUGAGUCAGUUCUUCAAUUACAACAGAUGUUAAUUCCUAAUUUCUGUAUUCAAGUAUUUACUUCUACUUUAAAACUUUUAACUAUUUAUGAUGACUCACUAAGACCGCUCAAAGACAUAAAAAAUAUUCUAGAUUUAACCUGGGAGCUCGUACAAUUAUUAAUAUUAAGUGUAAUGCCUAACAUCUGGUUUUCUACUGAUCAAUUGUCUUUAAAAAUUCACGAGAAUCUUAAAUUUAUUAUGAAACUUCUAGGUGAUGUUUUAGAAUACUGCAGAAGUUAUAGCACCGCUGAUCAUUGGAGAAUAACAUAUCUUAGAUUGUUGUGUAUUGUAACAAAACUUUUAAGUUCAUUAGUACCAUUAGAACUUGCUGAGUAUAUAAUACCGAGUGCCUUAAAAACUGCUUUGUGUGUUGGAGUAAUGGAUGCACCAAUUUAUUUUAUGUAUCCUGAUUUAAAUAUUAUUUUACAAGAGUAUACACGGCGAUUUCAAGGUACUGUUGAAAUCCAAUACUUAAAACUCUUUGACGAAACGAGAUUAAUUACAAAAUCAAUGAAAGCUGCUAUUUCAAUAUUGAAAUUAAAUUUUAAUCAUGAUCAUUUAACUAUCGAUACUUUAAGGACGAUGUAUUCAUCAAAGUCAUGUUUAAUUUAUCACAAAAAUUUGUCAAUUAUAAAAAAAUAUAUUUUUUUAAUGCAAAAUUUAUAUCAUAUGAAGCUUGAUAAAGAAAACAAAACGAUUGCAGUUAAACUUAUAUUAUAUUUACUUGCUAAUGAAGAUGAAGAAAUACGGGUGAAUACUUAUGAAGAGUGUCACUGGCUUGUGUCAUCAACUUUGGGAAUUGAAACAGCACGAGGAAGAUAUAACUGGACUUCGGUAGCUUUUUUAUUUGAACCUAGUUUACUUAUAGAAAUAAUUUGUCAUGGAGUAGCUGACGAAAAAACAAAGUCUUUAGCUGAAGAUAUUUUAUUGUACAUUCUAAAAGGAAAAUUACAAAUGGGCGAUGGCUGGUUAGUAUUUUUAGAAGCUUUAAUUCAAGUACUUCCAUUAUUGCAAUGUCUUGCAGAAAUGAAAUCUUCAUUAGGUCAGUGUUUAUCAAAAAUGUUAGACCCAGACAUUGCGACCAGCAUUCAAUUACCUUUCCUAGAAGUAUUAAAAGGUAAUGCAAGGUAUCUGUUUUCCCGUGAUGGUGCAAUCAGAGAAGAAGCAGCUUGUCGAUUAAUUUAUUUGCUGGGUACAGAAAAAAAUUCAUCGAACAAACUUCCUCAAUUAGCUUCACUACACGGUCUGCCCCUAGGCUCUUUAUUAAUUGUUGAUCGACAAGGAAGUUUGAAAAAAACUGAAGGAAGUUAUCAACGAAGCAGCCUUUUGUCUGUUAUAGAAAUGUUAAAAAGUCCAAAUGUUGAACCUAAAGUUCGUAAAUCAGCACUUGUACAAAUCAGCGUUAUGCUUACUGACUCAUCACUUCAUAAAUUAUUUUUAAAGGAAAAUGGAUUAAAAAUUAUUUUAGAUAUUUUUGAUAAAGCAUUGAUUGAAAAAGACUAUGAUAAUUAUCCGGAUUCAGUAAUUCCUAUUUUGACAAUAUUAAAAUUAAUUUCAUCAACUCAAUGUACAGUACGCCAUGAACUUUCAACUAAUACUGACGUCUUUAUAAAUGUCAUGCGAAGUUUAUUUUUAUUUCCAAAUCAUGAAUGCGUAAAACUAGACGUAUCUUAUUUACUAUUCAUACUUUUAUACAGUGAAUUUAUGAUGCGUUUAAAUAAUAACGAUGGAUCUAAUUUAAAUUAUUCAUUGCCUUAUAUGGUAAUAGCAAAAAUGCAUUCUCCAAUUAUUAGUAAGACCCACUGGAAAUCAAGUAUUCACAGAAAAUCAGAUACAUCUCUUCUUUAUUCAAGCAACUCACUUGCAUUGACAUUUAUUAGACAAUAUUGGGCAUGGGAAUGGAAUAAUGGAACAGAAAUGCUAUGGACACCAUGGUCAAAUCUUAAUGAUUCAGGAAUACUCAGUAACUUGAUGAUAAAAGAACCUGAAUUAGCUUUAUUAAAAUAUUCAUCAAUCCGUUAUUAUUGUUCACAACAAUUAAUCAAUAUAAAAAAUUCUUCAGCACACGAAGAAGUAAUGUAUGCUAUUGAUUAUCUUUGGAUGUAUAUUAGACUAUGUUCAUGCCUUCAAUUUAUGCAUAUAAGAGAAUUAACGUCAUUGCCUUGGGAAUCAACUUUCGAGCGCUUUCUUUUAUCACAUCCAAUGAGUAAAGAAGACUGUGAUUUAUUUGUUGACGUACUAAACUUUCUCUACAUUCAUAUCAAUGUCACUCAUGACCCAGAGGUAAUCGGAUGGCUGUCUAAAACAUUAAAAAAUAUAACCAAAUCAUUAGCAGAUCUUCUACAGAGUCUUGAUACACACAAUCAAGACGUUCAUCAAUCAGUAUUGAAGCUUGUGCGAUCCUGCUCAAGCCUAGAAAAACUUCAACAACCACAAGACUUAUCCUCAGAUAUGUGGAAUGAUUAUAUUGAACUUGUUAUUACUAAUUUGUGCUCGAGUGACCAGCAACAUUUUUACAAUCUCGUUUAUUUAGAUUGGCUAUUAACGUGUUUGACGUAUUUAACAAGUAAAUCUCACUAUAAUUGUAGCACAGAUUUAUUAUUAUCUUCAGGUGAUGCAUUAAUUGAAUUAAUAAUAUCUUUUCACGGUAAUGGAGCAAUCAGUUUUAUGGGCUUAUCAAUAACAAGAAAUUCAAUUAUUUGUUUAAAUCAUUUACUUCAUCAUAUGCAAGCAAGUUUAUCCAAAAUAAAUUGGACAAAUUAUUGGUUUGGAGAAGGUAAAACUUUGAGUUGGCUUCCAACUCUUUGGAAAAAUCGUGAUCCGUUGGUUCGCGCAUCGGCAUUACAACUUCUUGCAGGAUUAGUUAAAGCGCCACAUAUUGCUCAGCAGCUUCUUAAUGGACUUGCAAUGGCACCGAGUGAGUUAUGCCAAACGCUAUUAAAAUUCAUAAUAAAUCAUGAAGAAUCCAGUAUUGUGAGAGAAUAUGCGUGUAUUAUAAUGAGCAAUUUAAUUAAAAAUAACUCAAUCGGUGAUAAUUUUCCGCAAUUUUUAUCUACACCUUCACUCAUAACAUCCGUUUGUACAUUCCUGAAUAAUUUAAUAAACGUGGGUGAACGUGAUGUUAUUAAUAAAAUAUACGAACACUCGUUGGAUAAAUAUUUACUUGGGUGUUUUGGAUCUAUUCCAAAGAUAAAUAAAAUGAAAAAAUACAAAAGCAUUCGUCAAUGUUAUGAUAUUAUCGAAAUGUAUAUAAAUAUUUGUAUUUUAUUAACCAAUUGUGUUAAAAGUUGUAAUAAUUUUGCAACAGUUGUUAAUUUUUCACCAGAUUUUUUGUAUUUACUAUUUAAUUAUUUAGAUAAAAAUAAUUUAAAUCAAGAUAAUUCAAAGCUUGUUGACUUACAUAAUAAAUUAUCAACACAAGUUUUUAAUUUUUUAAGUAUACUCUCGCUUACAGAAAAUCAACAUGUAGAAUCGUUACGAACUGCUAUUGAAAUUGCUGCUCCAGAAAUGGUUAUAAAAUCUAUAUGUAACGCGAUAAAUCAUUCGGAUGUUGAAUUACGUAUGAGCGGAGUCGCUUGUCUUGCCUUCUUACUUUCACAAGAAAUAGCAAGAGAGGAUCAAAUAAAAUGUGGUAUUCCGUCAUUAGGAGCAGUAUUGGAUUCUACCUUUACACAUACUAUUAAUCAUCAAACAGAUAGUAAUUUACGAGAGGUUUUAUCGGAUGUUAACAAACUCGCGUUAAAGACCUCGAGCAAACAUUCAAAAACAUUUUACAACAGUGAUGACGGUGGAUGUACUGAUUCAAAUGAAUCCCAAAAAUGUAUUCCGAUUGGAUCAGAACUUUGUAAAAGUCUCAUACAUCUUCUAAUUGCUCAUAAUUAUGCUAAGUCUAAUACAAACACCAAAAGAGCUAGAGACAAGGAUUUAAUUAUUGCUGCAUUGUCAAACCUUCUAUGUGUUUCUGAUAAAGCUAAAAAUACUGCUUUAGAGGAUAAUUUAGCUGGAACUUGCAUAUUAAUUCUUAAAGAACUUUAUUAUGAGCUUAAUCUUCAUCCUCAUCAUGUUCAUCGAACUCAGCUGGAACGCGAUAAACGAGCCUUGCCGAUAUAUUACACAAAUUGUGGGCGUGGAUUUCACUCAACGAUUCAACGCUUUUGUCGUCCUGCACAAUCGUUGACCCUUACAACUACUUUACCUGGUACAGGACCUAGAAAAACUCCAAAUACAGUGUCAUUAAUCCAUAUUAUUGUUCACUUAGUGUCUAAAGAAAUUGAUAAAGCUGGACAAUCUUAUAAUAAUCAACGAUUACGAUUUUCAUUUCACGUACUCAAAAAUGCUGUUCAUGCUCACGAUUGUCGUGUUUCCAUUAGCAAAAGUAAUCUUCUUCAAUUUUUAACUAAAAUUCAUCCAUCAAGUACAAAACGAGCUAAGCCUUGGCCUUUAAUUGAAAUUUACUGUUUAGAAUUUCUUGUAGAUUUUACAUUUUUCGAAGAAGGUCAAAUUUCCGUAUCAAAAGCAGUAGAGGGUCUGGAAGUUUUAAUACAGUUAUCGAGAUGCAACACACCUGCAACGCGUAUUUUAGCUCUAUCAACAUUACGUAACUUGUUAUUCAAUUUCUCAAACAGACCACGUAUUCUUUGUUCAGUGGAAUUCAUGAACCUUCUUCAUACAGUAUUUAAAUCAGGGAGCUUAUGUGAAAUCGGAAUAGCAGGCUCGAUGUUGUGGUCUUUGAUUGCAAAUAGUCAAAAAGGAAAAUUAAUUGCAAGAAGUACUGGUCUACCUAAUAGUAUUCAAAAAGUGUUGGGUCGAUUAACUCUUAAACCAGAAGAAAAAAAUGACCAAGAUUUAGUAAGAAUGUUACAAUAUAUAAUAAGAGUCCUAAGCGCCUGGAGUGGUACUAAUAAC